AUGAGCUCUCCGCCGCCCUCCCGCAGGGGCUUUUACCGCCAGGAGGUGACCAAGACGGCUUGGGAGGUGCGCGCCGUGUACCAGGACCUGCAGCCCGUGGGCUCCGGCGCCUACGGCGCGGUGUGCUCGGCCGUGGACAGCCGCACUGGCGCCAAGGUGGCCAUCAAGAAGCUGUACCGGCCCUUUCAGUCGGAGCUCUUCGCCAAGCGCGCCUACCGCGAACUGCGCCUCCUCAAGCACAUGCGCCACGAGAACGUCAUCGGGCUGCUCGACGUGUUCACCCCUGAUGAAACCCUGGAUGAUUUCACAGACUUUUACCUGGUGAUGCCAUUCAUGGGGACUGACCUGGGCAAGCUCAUGAAGCACGAGAAGCUGAGUGAGGACCGAAUCCAGUUCCUUGUCUACCAGAUGCUGAAGGGGCUAAAGUACAUCCAUGCUGCUGGCAUCAUCCAUAGGGACCUGAAGCCCGGCAAUCUGGCAGUGAAUGAGGACUGUGAGCUGAAGAUCCUGGACUUCGGCCUGGCGAGGCAGGCAGACAGCGAGAUGACUGGCUAUGUGGUGACUCGCUGGUACCGGGCGCCUGAGGUCAUCUUGAACUGGAUGCGCUAUACACAGACAGUGGACAUCUGGUCGGCGGGCUGCAUCAUGGCGGAGAUGAUUACAGGGAAGACGCUGUUCAAGGGCAGUGACCACCUGGACCAGCUGAAGGAGAUCAUGAAGGUGACAGGGACGCCUCCCGCUGACUUUGUGCAGAGGCUGCAGAGUGCCGAUGCGAAGAACUACAUGAAGGGCCUCCCCGAGUUGGAGAAGAAGGAUUUUGCGUCCAUUCUGACUAAUGCAAGUCCUCUGGCUGUGAACCUCCUGGAGAAAAUGCUUGUGCUAGAUGCAGAGCGGCGGGUGACUGCGGCCGAGGCGCUGACCCACCCCUACUUCGAGUCACUGCAGGACACGGAGGACGAGCCCAAGGCCCAGAAGUACGACGAGUCCUUUGAUGAUAUGGACCGCACGCUGGACGAGUGGAAACGUGUCACAUAUAAAGAAGUGCUCAGCUUCAAGCCUCCCCGGCAGCUGGGGACCAAGGUCUCCAAGGAGACGGCCCUGUGAAGACC